CACACACGCCACAAGAUCACACCGGGAGAACGAGGAGAGGAAAGGAAAUUAUAGGAGAGAGAGAGAGAGAAAAAGAGAGAGAGAGAGGAAGGAAACACCGCAGCCCUCCGUCCGCUUUGGUUGUUGUGCGUGUAUGUGUGCGCGCGCGCGUGUGUGUGUGUGGUUUUUCUAAAAAAAAAAAAAAAAAAAAAAAGGGGGAGAAGUCGUGUUUUCUUUUUUUUUUAAACGCAACCUCGCGGACUAACAUGGGGGAAAGACAGAGCUCCUGACGCGGACUGACUCUGUGAAGCUCAUAGACAGCGAGGGAGAGAGAGAGAGAGAGAGACACAGAGAGAGAGAGAGAGAGGAGGGGAAGACAUGUUGAGGGCUUCUCUUUCGUCUUGAGGUCGCGGAUGUUUCAAUGUUGCGCUCUUACGACGCUGAAGGAAGCACACGAGGACAGAUGGACGUGCGGCGGUAGGUUGAGCUCGGGAGGCGCUUGUUUGGCUCGCUGUUUAUUUAAUUGGUUUGUUAUGGUCUGAAAUAAGGCAGGCCUCUCGGACAGCCCUGCAGUAGGCUGAACACACACGGUCAGCAAACAGGCUGCAUAGAGCCGGGCAUUACCCCGACAAAACCUCCUGGUUUUAGGGGCAUUUUGUUUAUUUUUAAAGGCCACUGUGUUGUGAGCUACCUGUAUUUUUUUUUUCAUUUUUUAUUUCUUAAGUCAGAGAGCCUGAACAUUUCCACAUAGAUCAAGUCUUCAGGGGGAGGGGGUCAUACAAAGGCCCAGCAGAUUAUACAGUAAAGGCAGCAAAAUAUCUGUUUUUUCUUUUUUUUUUUUUUUUUUUUUUUUCUAACUGCGGAGGAAGACUCGUCCACGGGGGCUGGCUUCACUUUACGCACAAAAGGUGCACACAAAGCAGGCAGCGUACCCGUCUCCAGUCCGGCUAAAGGACAAAAAGCAAGGUUUUUAAAUGUUAAUGUCGACCGACGUUGCAUCCAUCAUGCUGCCCGUGUCCCGGGCUCUCAUGGACCGGGACAGAGAGCUGGACACCAUGGCCGGAGUGCACCCCAACGCCGGCGGCGCUCCUGCGGUCGUCCGGGGCAUGAAGCGCGGGGACCCGGAGCCCGACGGACAGGCGGCGGCCGCUCUGGUGGACUCUACCGGGGCGGAGUGCAAGCGUCCCCGGAUCGACGGCUCUGGAGGGAUCGGUGAGGUUGGGCAGAACAACGACCCUUUGACCCUUGGUUACCAUGGCUACCCGUCUCAUAGUCAGGGCUCUCAGGAUAGUGCUGGCGGUCAGGAGGGACUCGUUCCUCCACCUUUCUCCGCGUUCCCGCCGCCUCCACCCCCGCCCCCGAACGGCCUGGCCCUGGAUUACGGGGGCAGCCUCUACGCGGCGGGGGCCGUCCAGGGCCCCGUGGAAGCCGGCGGAGCAGCAAACGGCGCCGUCAACGUCGCCAACAGCCUCAGCGUCCAACAGUCAGACGGGUCCUCCCAGAUUGACGGCUCUUCAGUGGUCGGCUCAGGAGGAGUCGGGGGUGGAGGGAGCAUUGGGGAUGACACGGACGCCAAGGGGACCCCCAAACGGCUCCACGUGUCCAACAUCCCCUUCCGCUUCCGAGACCCCGACCUACGGCAGAUGUUUGGGCAAUAUGGCAAAAUCCUCGACGUGGAGAUCAUUUUCAACGAGAGGGGGUCCAAGGGCUUCGGUUUUGUAACAUUCGAGACGAGCGCGGAUGCUGAGCGGGCCAGAGAGAAGCUCCACGGCACGCUGGUGGAAGGUCGUAAAAUCGAGGUGAAUAACGCCACAGCUAGAGUGAUGACGAACAAGAAGAUGACCACCCCGUACUCUAACGGAGAGGGCCUCGCAACGCUGCCAUACGCUGGGUGGAAGUUGAGUCCCAUGGUUGGAGCCAUGUACAGCCCUGAACUCUAUACAGUACCGGGGUUCCCGUACCCGGCAGCAGCAGCGGCGGCUGCCUCCACCGCUGCCACCUUUCGAGGCGCUCAUCUCCGAGGUCGAGCCCGACCUGUCUACAGCGCCGUGAGGGCCGCUGUGCCACAACCCGCCAUCCCCACCUACCCGGGUGUGAUGGCCUAUCAGGAUGGCUUUUACGGUGCAGCUGAUCUCUAUGGCGGCUAUGCAGCGUAUCGUUACGCCCAGCCAACUGCGGUAGCGACUCCAGCGGCAGCGGCGGCUGCUGCGGCAGCUUACAGUGACAGCUAUGGACGAGUUUACACGGCAGACCCCUACCAUGCUGCCCUCGCCCCGGCUGCCUACGGUGUUGGAGCCAUGGCCACGCUGUACAGGGGGGGCUACAGUAGAUUUGCCCCUUACUAGAGACACUACAUUUCCCAGGAGCUCCUCUCUUCCAUUGAAUUUCUCUGAAAGAGCUCCCUCUGUUGUCGUGGAGGUGGACUGCACCCAGUUUUAAAGUGUGGAGUCGACUCAACAAAGAUAUUUCAGAUCCCUCCCCAGAGCAGUCCCACGUUUUCGUAUAUACGCUACUACAGAAAUAGAGGAAUGCUGUAUUCAAGACUGACAGAUGGCCUUUACAGAAAAAAAGAAAAAAAAAAAGACUUAAAAUGGCCACCUUCCCUAUUGCACGGCUGUAUUAUAGUCCCUUCUUCUUAAUCCCUCAGCACUCAGCAGCACAAGACUCGUGAUGGAGCCCAGAUGUUCUUCCAAAGGCUGUAUGUGGAUAACUGACAUUUUAAACAGCUGUCAACCGUGUGUGAGAAAAAAAUGAGCUGAGUGCUGUGUGGCCUGCACGCACUCAACAUUUAUGGAAAAAUGGUGUGAAUCAAAAGUGUCCACAAAACGUCGGAGCGUUAGGAAGCAGGAAAGCGCAUCGAAAGAGAAGCUUAAAAAAACAACAACAUUUUGAACCAGAACGACGAGUCACCGACGAUAAAAACACCCACCGAUGGGAUUUUUCAGAUUCCACCUUAACGUGGGCGGAUAGUAAUGAGAGAGGCUUUCCAUUCUCGCUGUGUUCUGGCAGAGGGGGGCGACUGAACACGGCGGCUUGGAGGGAUGAUGUGUGACGGUUUAUAACGCUACAGAAAGCACGUCCGAAAGCUGAAGGGAGGGAGGGUUAUUAGAGCUGUUCCUUACCUCAAGUUUUCUUAGUAUGUGGAAAUGGUGAACCUUUAAACUUAAAAUUGUUAUGAUAUGCAAAGAAAUUAGCUUAGAGAAAAAAAGUUACCAAAUUAUUAUUAUUAUUAUUAUGUAAUUAUUCUCAUUAUUAUUCUUAUAAAACCAUUAUUUUGUUUGACUCAGCAGCCACCGCUGUUUUGAGGCAUGUAGAUCCAACAGUGAACCUUGGGGUUAAAAUCUGAAAAUGAGCAUCCGUAUUUCAAAUAUUCCACUUUAUGGACUAUAAGACACAACUAUAGUCUCACAUCAUCCUUCUAAUGCACAGGAUUUCACUACACUCUGUGUGCAACCACCACGAAAACACUACGAACAGUUCCAACACUAAAACAUUGUCGUCUUUAAUAGAUUUUUAGCUUUUAGAUCCAAACAGCAUCAUCCACCCACAACCCUGGGGUUCAAGUAUUUGUUGAUCCUUUAAUGUAGAGAUUUAUUAUUUGGAUUUUCCCCUCAUGCUCCAUCUUUUAUAGAGCAAAGUCCAACAUUGAAUGAGUCUUCCUGAAACAUACUUUAGUCGGUAAAUGUGUUCGAGAUGCUGCCUGCAGCGAUUUACUGAGCAAGAGAGAGAUUCUGUCGAAGAGUUCAUAGAAAAUAUUUAAUGCAAAACACCUUACUAUUGUGCAUAUUUCUAUACCGUUGUAUUCUAUAUUUCCAAAACGUGGCUUUUUUUGGCUUUUGUUUUUGUUCCAAAGAUUUGUAGAAAGCACAUUUUUCUGCCGUAUGUAUAAAUAUAUUAUCUUUGUUAUUGUUAUUAUCAUAAUCCUAUGGCUGUCUUUAUUUACUUCUUUUUCACUUUCUGUUUGUCU